AUGUACGCCUCCACCAUUGCAGUCUCGCUCGCAGCCCUGACUCCCCUUGCUGCCGCUGUCGGGAGUGCCGUCGUGGUAAACAAGUGCGCGGACACCGUCUACCUCUGGUCCGUCGGGGGCAGCGUCGGCCCUGAGCAGACACUCGCCUCUGGAGACGAGUGGUCGGAGGAGUUUUACUACGACUCCACCUCUGGCGGGGUGACGAUCAAGAUCACCCGCGGGUCCGAUGGAUUGUACGACGGCAGCGCGCAGACCGACUUCGCCUACACCCUGGACGGCGACACCAUCUGGUACGACCUGUCGGACGUCUUUGGCGACCCAUUCUCCGGCCACGCCGUUCUCCAGGCACCCAGCGACACCAGCUGUCCGUCGAACUGCUGGUCGGACGGUGUCUCGCCGGCUGGGAGCCAGACCCUGGAUUGCCAGGCAGACUCUAAUGUCACCUUGACGCUGUGUGCGGGCAGCUGCUAA